AUGGUCACGAGAAAGAAGAAAGUCCGCAAGUCCAAGAAAGAGGCUUUCCAGUCAGUACUGUUAGCUGCCAGGUCCUGUCAAGAAUCCAUUCCACCCAAGGGUGUCAUUUCAAGUACUUCCAAAGAGAAUCAGGAAUGCAGUUCCAAACCCUGCCAGAAACGACAGAUUCAGCUGUUUGUGAAUAGUUCUUUGACAUCACCAGUCUGUCUGCAACUACAUCCGUCCACUACUAUCUCAGCAUUGAAAGGAUUACUACAAGACAAAGUGGGGAUUGAACCAGAGAAACAACAUCUGUUAACAAGGAAAAACCAUGAGCUCCGUGAUGACCUCUCCCUAGCGAAUUAUGGAAUUGAGCAAGACACCAACAUAGAGUUGCGUCUAGUGUCUGGGUUGAUGGGAGGAGAUGACAAACAGAAAACAGCAGAGAGAAAGAAGACAAAAAGAAGGAAAAAGAAAUCUGGGAAGAAAUUUACAUCUACAGAGGAAAUGAUUAGGCAAAGUGACUCUGAUGAGGAAUUUCAAGUGAGGUCAACCAACGAUUCGGGGAAUUCCCCUAAAACCACAAGCGACCAACCAACAGAGGGAAAGAAGAGGAGUAGACGACGAAGACCAAAUCAUGUCGAACAGGAACCAUCAUGUGAAGAAGGCAAAAUAUCAACCACCCUAGAUCAAGAUAACUCUUCAAUUGCUGGUGGCUCAGCUACAAAUUUCGACAAACUCGACCUGUUUCUGUGGAUUCUAUGCCUCCCACUGAUCGCAAUCCGUGUCAUCCUGAGCAAUUGGUCUCCUCGCAUGAUUCAAGUCACCUCCUCAUCUAAAGAUGACACCAUUAGACCACCAUCCUCAGCUGUCGCAGAACAAGAACAUUCCAAUGACUAUGGGAAUUCUUCAACUUCAGCAGCAAAACUUGGGAGAAAGAGGACAAGAAGACGACGACAAGGGAAAGCGAGACGAAACCCGUUAUUAGAUGAAGCUGAAAGACAAACUACCUCAGAUGAUGAAAAGCAAGAUCACUUGAAUGACUUGGGGAAGUCUGACACCUCAGCAGGAAAACCUGGGAAAAUACGAAGUAGAGUCAAGACCAAAAACAAAUCAGGAAAGACAAGAAAAGGCAAAAAAGCUGCCAUGAAAUCCUCAUCCGAAGAAGAAGCCAUCGAUAAAACAAGCAAAGGUGAUCAAGCUGAAAAUAAGUUAGUCAACUCAAGGGAUUCCACCGCCUCCUCAUCAGCCAAGACCACUGCUAAGAGAAACAACCAACCAAAAGGGAGAAAGAGGACGAGAAGACGACGACACGGGAAGGCGAGACAAAGACUCUUAUUUCAUGAGGCUGAAAAACAAACUUCCUCAGAUGACGAAAAGCGGGAUCCUUCAAAUGCCUUUGGGGAGUCUUACACCUUGACAAGAAAACCUGGGAAAGUACACAGAAGAGGCAAGACUGAGAACAAUUCAGGCAAGAGAAAGAAAGGCCGAAAUAUUGCCAAGAAAUCCUCAUCCAAAGAAGAAGCCAUCGAUAAAACAAGCAAAGGUGAUCAAGCUGAAGAUAAGUUGGUCAACUCAAGGAAUUCCACCGUCUCCUCAUCAGCCAAGACCACUGCUAAGACAAACAACCAAUCAAAAGGGAGAAAGAAGACAAGGAAACAAACAAUUGCUGACAAGAAACCAUCUGGUGAAGAGAAGAAAGAAUCCCAAAUCCAGCUGUUUGUGAUUAGUUCUUUGAGAUCACCUGUAUGUCUGCAACUACAACCGUCCACUACUAUCUCAGCAUUGAAAGGAUUACUACAAGACAAAUUGGGGAUUGAACCAAAGAAACAACGUCUGUAUACAAGGAAAAACCAUGAGCUCAAGGGUAGAAUGUCCCUGAAAGAACUUGGAAUUCAGCAAGACACCAACAUAGAGCUACGUUUAGUGUCUGGGUUGAUGGGCGGAGCCGAUGAUGAACAGAAAUCAGCAGGGAAUUCAACAGAAAAAACUAGCAAAGAUUCAAGGAGGAGACAAAAGGGAAAUAGAAAGGCUAGUAGAGCCAGCUGUGGCGGCGAAGACACGUGUAACAACACCUCCGCAGUUAAGGCAUCCGCUGGCCACCCAUCAGGGGAAACAAAACAGAAACUAGAGCAGCCAAGGCAAGAUGCUCCUAGAAGGAUACAAAACGGGAAAAGAAAAGCUACUAAAAGAAGGACAAGCUUCUGCGGAGAACAAAGCGCGGGUAACUCUGAGGAUUCUUCCACCUCAGCUUCUCUUAAGGCACGUGCUGGCCACCCAUCAGUGGAUACGAAAAAACAGAAACUAGAACAUCCAAGGAAAGACGACAAAUCCAGUAGGAUACAAAGCGGGAAAAGUAAAGCUAAGACAGGGACAAGCCUUGGCGGUGAAAAAAACCUGGAUAACUCCGAGGAAUCUUUCAUCUGCUCAGCAGUUAAUGCCCCCACUGAUAACCUGUCAGGGGAAAAUCAAGUGCAUAAAAGGAAACUCGAGAACAAAAAAUGGAACAGCCAAGGAAAGACAAUGAUUCCAGGAGGAUGGAAAAGGGAAAAACUAAAGCUAAGGCAGGGACAAGCCCUGGCGGUGAAGAAAACUCUGAGGAAUCUCUCAUCUCCGUAG